UUGAUGUCAGGACUUCGGAAAAGACUUGCAAAAAACCAGAUUUUUGCUGGUUCUGCUGUGACCGCCACAGCUGACUUGGUGCCGCUGUAGCGAGACCGCCUUGGUGGGGUUUUCACCGUCAUAGCGGUGGUAUGGACAUGUUUUGAUUCUGCCAUGGCGGAUGGACUGACCGCCAUAGCGGGAUCACUAUGGCACAGUCUUGGCUGCUACGACAAGAGAUGGCCUUUGUUGAUUUAUUCUAUAGCAGAAGCCCCGACUGCUACGGCGGGAUCACCAUGGUGAUCUUGGUGACCGUUGUAGCGGAUCGACCGGGCCAGAAACUCAUUUUAUAUUCCUAUGUUUGAACCAUUAGUCCAACACUUCUACAACCUAAUUCUAAGAGCUCAGGGAGGCGAUUAUUGAAGAAACUUGGUGGUAUCAUCUUUGGGGAUAGGUUCCAACCCAUAAUCUUACUUAUUUUCCGUUCUUCUUUGAGUUUCUAUGGUGGUUUAAGGUGCUAGAAUGGUGGGUGAUGAGACCUAGGCUCCUAAUCAUGAAACCCUUUGUAUAAAUUGAUUAUUGUUGAGUAACUUGCUGUUUAUAUCAUCUAGAAGUGUAGAUUAACAUAUUCUAUAGAAUUGCUUGAUAGUCCAAGAAUCUAAUUAUGAGACUUAGCGUUUCACCCAAAUUUAGGGGUUUUGACUAAUUGAUGAAAUUGAAGUGUCUAAGGUGAUUAGAAACCCAUGAAUUUAAAGAUUAUGAUUGUUGGGACUAUUGGUAAGGUAAUUUCACCUUAAUAUUCUGUUUUGCCUUCGUGACUCAUUAGGGGUAUUUUGGGUAUUUUGAGUAACCUUUCCCGAAUUGAUUUCUCGUUCGAUUAGUUGGUUGUCGGGGUCAUUUACUUGCGAUGUUAUUUACUAGCCUACAAUCGUUCUGCGGUGCUUCGAAAAUAGAAAGCUUAUGUGGAGUAUUUUGUGGCUCCUGUUCUGCAUUCGAGGUAGGUUAGGCUUACCUUAGUUAGACUUUGAUUAGUGAAACGUAUAUAUUGUGUAGAAUUGAUGGGAGAACGCAUGACUAGUUCUUUAGACAUGAUGCCUUGUUGGAUAUUACCUAGGUUUGUAUGACUUCUAACUGUGUGGCUUGUCACCGUUAUUUAUGCAUUGUGAUGGUGUAUUUGUAUUCGUACUGAGGUGAUCUGGGAUGGUAUUCUACUAAAUUGGUUGAUUUUUGCUUGGCUUGUUGCCUUAAUUGCUAUGUUGUGAUACGUGUUGCACUCAUUUCUCUCUUACUGUGUCAUUUAUCAACAGAGAAAGGAAGGAUAAUGAGAUUAGGCCUGAAUCGUGUUGUAUAAUUAUGAUGAUAUCAUGCAUGGCAUACAUUCUUAUUUCACAUGUAUAUUGAUAUCGAAUUAUGACUUGGUACUGAUCAUGAUACAUGAGAAAAUGGAGCACUUUGGUGACACAAGACUUAGUUGUGAGGUGUACUUGUUAUAUUUAGAUGUAAAGGGUGGCACAGACUCUUUAUAUUAAUUGAGAUGGUUUGUAUGAUUCAUUCCAUGGUUGAGGUGAUUUAUCUAAGUUCUGCUAUGGCUUAUGACAAUGUGACUCGUACUUUCAUUGGCAUUUAAUUUCACUGAUUUAUCAUGCUUACUUUUGAGUUGGUGUUUUAUAUUGGGUUCUAGACUUGAACCAUAUUUUGAAUAUUCAUCUUGCAUACAAUAUAUGUAUAUAAGGCACAUCUGACAGAGGGUGACGAUGUGGACUAUCUUGUGAUAUAUAUGUAUAUAUAAGGCACAUUUGACGGGGCUGAGAAUGUGGCCUAUUUGUGAAUCGGUGGUCCGAGGUCUGUUUCGGAGUGAGUGGACUCGUGAUCUGAGGUAAAUUCUAGCGCAAGGGGUACAUGGACUUUGCGGGUCCCCCAUGGGUCGUGACAAUUAUGCGAACAAUGCCUUUAAUAUGUGUACACAUGUUUGAGGUAUUUGGUAAGUGCAUUGCAUUGCACAUUAAUAUAUUUUAUUUUGUAUCAUCAUAUGGCUCUCCACGUCUGAUUUGGUAUGGUCUGUUUGUAUCAGUAUGCUGUCAUAGGUCAGAAUAUGGUCUGGGUCAGAUUACAGAGUUGUUAUUCUGCCUAGGUUCAGAACUUGGAUUUGUGAUUAUCAUUUGAGAUUAUUCAGACUCGGCAGACUUGUGGUUUAGAAGCUUUAGCUUAGGUUCUGAUUCGGUUAUGGGAUAUUCUGUGACCAUGGUUUUGGUAUUAUGUGCCCAUCUGUUUAUCUUGUUGAUUUUAUGCUUAUAUGCGUGAACUAAUAUUAGUUGGCCUAUGAUGCUUACUCAAUACCUGUUGUUUGUACUGAUGCUACUCUUCUUUUUAGUGCUGAGUCUGUUACGUGUUCUAUUUCUAAUUCUCGAGAGUGUUUCCCGAGAAGGUGUUGUUGGAGACUUAAGGUGAGCUCUUGCCAAAUUCGGAGCCCGAGUUUCCAUUCUUUGUAUACUUCUCAUCUAUUUCCAGACAAUAUUCCUUUUAAUGUUACGAGCCUUAUAUGACAACAUUCAGAUAGUUCUAGUUAUAUAGUCAGACCUAUGUGUUUAUUAAUAGCUCUUAUGCUGACUUAGACCAGAUGCCUUGGGUAGAAGAUGUAUUCCGCACUUAUUCUCUUUUAAUUGAUCUUGAGAUAUAUUAUUAUUACAUUGUUCUUCCGCAUUGAUAGAUUGCAUGUUAGGUAAGGGAAGGGUUCGCCUACCAAGGUGGGAAAUGGUAGGUGCCCGCACGACUAAGCGAUUUUGGGUCGUGAUAAGUUGGUAUCAGAGCCUUUUGUUACCGGUCUUACAAGUACAAGAGCAUGUCUAGUAUAGUCUUGCGGAUCUGUACGAAGUGCUCCGUAUUUAUCUACGAGAGGCUAUAGGAUAUUUAGGAAACUUCCAAUUCUUUCAUUCUUUCUUGCUACUUCAUUCAAAUUGGUAUCUAUUCUAUUCCAAUUGGUAUAUGAAAUUCCUUGUAUUAUUCUCCCACGAAUAGUGGAAACUCAUUUCCUAAACUCUUAUGCCAGCGGUUUUGUUUUGACAUGGCUUGGUAUAGAACUAGAUGUGUCUUCCUGAUUCGGACGCGUGACUAAGUUCAGUAUCCAACUAGGACUUGAGGUUUUCGUUUUGUGGGAUGGUUGUUGAGACUCAUUCAUUGUGUGGGUUUUCUCUAGACAUUAGAGAGAUGGUACAAAGGGUCACAUGAUAUCCAUGUUUUCAGUGUUAGGUUGCUCAAAAGCCGCAUAAGUGCAUUUAUGACAUAACAAGUAUGAUUUGUUAGAGAUAUGAUUGGUUUUGGGAAUGAGUUUCAACUUCGUCAGGUUAUUAUGAUGGUGUGCGGGGCACGAGUGUAAGUUAGGUAAGGAGCAUCACAUUUUGGCAAAAGUAUAGUGACCGCGUGUAAUAAAGAAGAGAAGUUGAGAAUAAGGACAUACAGGACGACUUUUGUGGGAAACGUAUAGCAAAGUAAGAUUUCUUAGGGUAUUUGGGUAUGAACACUUUCAUGUUAAUGGAACGGAGGUGUAAGAAAGAGGAUUGGGAUAGAUUAAUCUCUGCCAUUAAGAAGGGAACAAUUUGUAUCUGACGUGCUCGUCAGGUUAAGGUUGCAAUUUGUACGAGAGUGGAUUUCGUAUUCGGUUGUGAAAAGUUAAGUUGGGUUUCGACGUGACUAUAUGGUAGUGGUUUAUGGGUUCUUUUAGGAAGGUGGUUAUCAGAUUUAGCUCGGAAGAAAUGUUACUUGUGACGAGUGGAGACUUAAGAUGUUGGGCAACUAUGGUUCCAGUCCUUCAGUAAAAGGUAUGCUCACCGGUUCUUCGUGUUUAGAGGAAUGAUAAGGAUAUUGAGGAAUCGAGAGCUAGUGAUUCAAGGAUUAUGUUACGGUCAUGCAUGGUAGAAUAGACAUAAGGGUUUAGUGUCGUGGGCAAAUGGGAGCCGGUGGUUGACUAAUAAGAAUGACUUUAGUGUUGGUCAAGUGCGAAGUAUUUAGUAUUCAAGUAACUAUUAGGUGUUGGAUAUAAUAUUUGAUUAGGGUUGAGAGCCUUGUACCUAUUGUGUAAGUUCGGCUAGUUCCUACUGCUACUAGUAUUACUACUCGGUUGAGUUGAUCUAAUGAAAGGGAUAAUCGCGCGAAUGGUUAGAGGUGUUCCAAUUUGGCAAGGCAAGAGAUGAUUCUUCACGGGUGUCUAGCGUUUAAAGGCAUUGAAGUGGUUUACUAAUGAUGAGGUUCUAAUUAUCGAGUUGUAGAGAACAUUUCGGAAUUUGGGUUAAGGGAAUUUGAGCAAAGGCACCUUGGUGGUUAUACGUCAGAGCAAUAGUAGGAUUGUUUAUGUGAUAUGUUGGAUUUAGAAAGUUUUUAGUUUUAGAGUUGAGUGAGUUAAGGGAUCUCUAGGGUGUAGAGUGUGUGACAUGCUACUAUCUCCAGGAUUGACUCGGCUAGUUUGCAAGACUUAUGAUUUUGCGGUAUUAUAUUGAGUGGAUUCUAGAAAUGGUUAGAUGGUGAAUAUGAUUGUGAUUUGAUUGGAAUUAGGGGAUUGAAGUGUCGGAAAAAAGUAUAGUUGAUCGAGAAUCAGUAAAAAUAAGGUACAUCUUCGAAAUUACUUGGGUCAGUAUAGGUUGUGGAGAUGUUGUCUUACAUAUUUCAGAUGAGGUGUGAUUGUGAGUACGCUUAAAGAAGGGAGUCCACAGAAAUGGACUAAGUGAUAUGAUAGCGUUUCGUGAUCAGCGACUAUUAAGAAGUAAAUUUCAGGUAACUGGCAUGUUCAGGCUUAUGGAAGUAGCUUGUGUGAUACACAGUUGGAUAAUUUCAUAACACUCUACAGUGGAUGAAUUAGUGUGGGUUAAAGGAGAGGAUUUAUGAAAAUCCCUAUAAUGUGAAGUUUAGAGCUGUAUUUUCGAGGUGAGACUAUAUUUGUGGUAGUGUGUUAUAUGGUGGGUAUUACUAAUCAGAGAGCUUGAGUGAGCAGUUUCAGAAUAUUAACGGACUAGAAUUAGUCGCCCUUGAAGGGUGAUAGGACUGUGAUUGGUUUUCGAAAGGUUUGGAGUCAGUUCGAGUGACUAUUGGUGGUAUUUAGGGGUUGUGCAUUUGUUCAGGGUCAGAAUUGUUUGAAUUAUGCUUGAUGGACUAUGUAUAUAUUUUCCUGAAGGACUUAUGGGUUUCCCAUUAAAUCACCUUCACGGAUUCGAUGGGUCAAAGUUCAGAUUUGAGGUAUGGCAGGUUUAUCGAGCUUUAUCGGGGUUUGCAAGCAGAGUUGAUGAUAUUUUACAAGGUUCAGUUAUUUGGACAGUUAUAAUGGUUUACGUCGGGAUUAGUAAUGAUUCAAGGAGGUACUAUGGUUGUUUGAGGUCUUUAGAGUGAUCACAUGGUUUUCCUACGGACUUGGCUCAGCGAGGUAUUCAGUGGGUUCCAGUAUGGUGAUUUGAAGGUUUAAGAUGACUUGGAACUAGAGAAGUCGGCUAUGAGUAAGCUAAGUUCGAUAGAAUGUCUUAAAGUUGCUUCGAUAAAGAAAUUAUUCAUUUCUGGCUAGAGUAAGUCAUGGUUUCAGGCUUGUGUUCGUGUGUUUCCAAGAAAUUGUGGUGCGAAGAAUGGCUCUAGAAGGGUGAAAGAAAGGUUAGCAGAAAAAGAGUAUUUUACUAGUUCAGAGUGGGCUAUGAGUGUGUUUAUAUCUAAAGGUUCAUGUUAUUUUGAGAAAUGUUGUGGGACUUAUUGGUCAUCUUUAGAGGUACGAAUUUAUCGAAUCAGAGAAUUCCAGUAGAAGCAGUUCUAAUAUUCGGGGAUCAGUUGUGAAGGAAAUUCGAGUAUGGGAAAUUGGAUCUUGAGCUAAUUAAGGAAGUUUGAUUGAUAAGGCAAACAGGCAGUGUUUUGGCUUACUUCUCAUCGUAGAGGCUUUUGGGUAGUUAUAAUACAAGUUCCUUGGUUACCGUCUGCUUUCGUACUCUCUUUCUUCAUUCGAGGAUGAAUGAUUGUUUAACUGGUAUCUGAUGUAACGAUCCGUUAGUUCUCGAUGUGCCUUUUGACCAUUUUACCCCUGUUGACGAAUUCCCAAGAUUAUAAAGCAUUUUUAGUAAAAAUUGAAGGAUUUAGAAUCCUUAAGUGAAGGCGUUUGACCUAUAGUUGAGUUUUGGGUAAAUAGACAUUUUUCAUAUUUUUGUCGAUUCUGUGAGGUCUGGAGGGUCAAUUAUGACUCUGUAGGAUGGAUGGUUCGGUUCUCGAUGCAUUUGGUUGUGUUUUGGGUACUUGGUUGGAAACUUGAUUUUAUUCGUUUGGGGGUUGACUUGGAAAAUUUGAGGCCAUACGUAAAUUCAUAGCAUGUUUUUAUUUAUGUGUGCAUAUCUGGUUUGUGUACGGGGGGCCUCGGAUUGAUGUCGGGAUUUUGGGAUAGACUUGAGAAAAGCCAGAUUUUUGCUGGUUCUGGUGUGACUACCACAGCGGGAUUUUGACCGCCAUAGCGGUGCAUGGACUUUCUUUGAUUUCGCAAUGGCAAAUGGUCUGACCACCAUAGCGCAGUCUUGGCCACCAUGGUGUGCCUUGAAUGAUUUCCGCGAUAGCGGAAGGCCUGAUCACUACUGCGGGAUUGCUAUGGCGAUUCUGUUGACUGCUGUAGCGGAUCGACGGGACCAGAAACUCAUUUUAUAUUCCUAAGUUCGAACCAUUAGUCCAACACUUCUAAAACCCAAUUCCAAGAGCUUGGGGAGGCAAAUAUUGAAGAAACUUGGUGGUAUCAUCUUUGGGGGUAAGUUCCAACCCAUUAUCUUGCUUAUUUACCUUUCUUCUUAGAGUUUCAAAGGUGGUUUAAGGUCCUAAAGUGGUGGGUGAUGAGACCUAGGCUCCUUAUCAUGAAACCCUUAGUAUAAAUUGAUUAUUGUUGAGUAACUUACUGUUUAUAUCAUCUAGAAGUGUAGAUUAACACAUUCUAGGGUUGAAUUACUUGAUCAUCCAAGAAUCUAAUUAUGAGAUUUAGGGUUUUACCAAAAUUUGGGGUUUUUAACUAUUUGAUCAAAUUGAAGGGUCUAAUGUGAUUAGAAAAACCCAUGAAUUUAAGGAUUAUGAUUGUUGGGACUAUGGGUAAGGUAAUUUCACCCUUAAUAUUUCGUUUUGCCCUCAUGACUCAUUAGGGGUAUUUUGAGUAACCUUUUUCGAAUUUACUUCUCGUUCGAUUAGUUGGUUGUCGUGGGCAUUUACUUGCUUGUGAUGUUAUUUACUAGACUACCAUCGUUCUGAGGCACUUCGAAAUAGAAGGCUUGUGUGGAGUAGUUCGGGGCUCCUGUUCAACAUUCAAGGUAGGUUAUGGCUUACCUUAGUUAGACUUUGAUUAGCGAAACGUAUAUAUUGUGUAGAAUUGACGGGAUAAAGCAUGAUUAGGUCUUCGGACAUAAUGUCUGGGUGGAUAUUACCUAGGUUGGUAUGACUUCUGACUAUGUGGGCUUGUUGCCGUUAUUUACACAUUGUGAUGGUGUAUUUAUAUUCGUACUGUGGUGAUCUGGGAUGGUAUUCUAUUAGGUUGGUUGAUUGUGGCCUGUUGCCAUGUUAUUGUGAUUAGUCUUGUUGCUUUAAUUGCUAUGUUGUGAUAUGUGUUGCACUUAUUUCUCUCUUGUUGUGUCAUUUAUCAUCAGAAAGGAAGGAUAAUGAGAUUAGGCCUGAAUCGUGUUGUAUAAUUAUGAUGAUAUCAUGCAUGGCAUACAUUCUCAGUUCACAUGUAUAUUGAUAUCGAAUUAUGACUUGGUACUGAUCAUGAUACAUGAGAAAAUAGAGCACUUUGGUGACACAAGACUUAGUUGUGAGGUGUACUUGUUAUAUUUGGAUGUAAAGGGUGGCAUGGACUCUUUAUAUUGAUUGAGAUGGUUUGUAUGAUUCAUUCCAUGGUUGAGCUGAUUUAUCUAAGUGCUGAUACGACUUAUGGCAUUGUGGCUCGUACUUUCAUUGGCAUUUAAUUUCAUUGAUUUAUCAUGCUUACUUUUGAGUUGGUGUUUCAUGUUGGGGUUCUGGACUUGAACCAUAUUUUAAAUACAUCUUGCACAUAAUAUAAGUAUAUAAGGCACAUUUGACAGGGGGUGAUAAUGCGGCCUAUUUGUGAACUCGUGAUCCGAGGUCUGUUCCGGAGCGAGUAGACUCGUGAUCCUAGGUAUAUUCCAGUGUGAGUGGUACAUGGACAUCGCGGGUUCCCCAUGGGUCAUGACUAUUGUGCGAACGAUGCCUUUAGCAUGUGUGUAAAUGUUUGAGGUAUUUGGCCAGUGCAUUGCAUUGCAUUAAUAUAUUUUAUUCUGCAUCAUCAUAUGGCUCUUCAUGUCUGAUUUAGUAUGGUCUGUUUGUAUCAUUGUGGUGGCAUAGAUUGAAUUAUGGACUUGGUUAGAUUGCGGAGUAGUGACUGCCUAGGUUCAGAACUUGGAUUUGUGUAACGAACCGCUUCGUCGUUAUUGUGACUUCCGUGAAAUUCGCAGCCUUGACCCCUUCAAAAUCCUUUCAGACCAUUGAGCUCUUAAAAAUUGCUAACUUGAUCGGACCAGUCAUGCGAAUUGUGUGUAAAUUAUCGGAUUGGGCCACCAGGCCUAGUCAUACCAUCAUAGCGACAGUCCUGCCGCCCCAGCGCUGGCGCCACAAUGACAGGAAGCUCUGUUGAAGUGGAGGUGUAGAAUCAUUAAAUGACCGCCCCAGCGGUGGAUCUAGCGUUGAAGCGGUGCCGCCACAGCGACCGCUAGACCGCCACAACGGUUGAUGGGCAGUUAUUUCCUUAUUUAAAGCUCAUUAUUGACUUGACCUAAUAUUCAUUUCCCCAAAUUAGUAGUAGCCAUUGAGCGCAAAUUCCAACCCUAGAGACUUAUAUGUUGGGAAGGUAAGCUAUUUGAAUCCCUCAUUCCAUCUUCUUUUAAUUCCCUCUUUCUUCUUGCACCAUUUAUGAUUAUAUUAGUACAUUAAUGAGUGUUCUUUCUCUCUUCUUAUAAGUCCUCUGGGUAAAUGUGGUAAUGAUUAACCUAGAACAAUUAGUAACUUCAAGAUGGUUCUUUUAUUGCAAACCUUGACUAAAUAGCAAGUUCUAAGCCGAAAUCAUUCUAUUUUCCUAAAUGGGUUAAAUUGUUAGAGCCUAAUAAUGUCUUAUGUGAAUUAGUAAGGUAAGUUUGACUUAGGUAAACCUUGUUUCCAUAAAAGAGGUGUAAUAGCAUAAUCAAGAAUCUAGAUUGAUUAUUUUAGAAAUGACGAUUUUACCCCUAUGACCUUGAAUUCUGCAAUCACCGCUUACUUGAAUGUAUCCAUCAUUCCUAGACAUCUCGAAUCUGCAAGUUCGCUACAAAUAUGGAAGAUGGAAUCCAAGUGGAUGUUCGCGCACUUGUUCGACCUCGAGUGUUGAGGCUGUUACGUGUUCUAUUUCUAAUUCUCGAGAGUGUUUCCCGAGACAGUGUUGUUGGAGACUUAGGGUAAGCUACUGCCAGAUCUGCAGCCUGAGUUUCCAUUCUUCGUAUACUUGUCAUCUAUUUCCGCACAGUAUUCCUUUUAAUGUUAUGAGCCUUGUAUGGAAACAUUCAGAUCGUUCUUGUUAUAUAUUCAGACCUAUGUGUUUAUUAGUAGCUCUUGUGCUGACUUAGACCAGAUGCCUUGGGUAGAAGAUGUAUUCCGCACUUAUUCUCUUUUAAUUGAUCUUGAGAUUUAUUAUUAUUAGAUUGUUCUUCCGCAUUGAUAGAUUGCAUGUUGGGUAAGGGAAGGGUUCUCCUGCCAAGGCGGGAAAUGGUAGGUGCUCGCACAACUAAACGAUUUUGGUUCGUGACAUGUUCUCAAUUUACAACAUAUUUUAAUUAAUUAGUUAUUUUUAUUGUCUACUAUAAUUUACAUAGCUGAAAAUUGUCUGUAAUAAUGAAGAAGAUUAUCGAUCCUUCAAUCUCUCCUUACCACAAAUUCGUUUUACAUAGGUUUCAAAGUUAAAUAUUAAAUCCAAUAUCAUGAACUAGUAACUAUCUAUAAUGGAAGACGGACACUUGGACGGUUUGAGAGGCUAAAGUUCCUGAAAACUUGCUUUAUAAUAACACAAACUUUAGAAUUGGGACAUUUUACAUGGUGCAAUUAACUAGCAAUUUUGUGAGGAAAACACAUGGUCUAUUUAAUGUAUAUACAUCCAAUUUAAGGCAAUCACACCAAGUUUGAAGUGGAAUUUUAAAGGUCCAUUGUAUCUGAUUGUUUUUCCAAGAACCUGUCGUUUCGAAGCAUAAUAUGAGAUGAAGUCUCCCAAUUGGCGUCAACACUAACUAAUUUCACCCACAAGAACAUGUUGAAAUUAGCAUUCAUAGGUUUAACCUGUACAAUGCUAAUUAUUUUCAUUUUAUUUCGAAUCUCAAAUAAUCCCAUCCUCUGUGAAGCUCCAGUACUAGUGGGCCCGGGGAUCCUCCCGGACCACAACUCAACAACAGAGGAUGACACAGUAUCGCGGCAUCUCCAAGUGGAUGCCGUCCUCCACUAUGCCACGUCGCGUGUGAUACCACAACAAUCGAGGGACGAGAUCAAGGUAUCCUUCGACGUCCUCAAAUCUCUAACCCCUUGUAAUUUCCUCGUAUUCGGUCUCGGUCACGACUCGUUCAUGUGGUCGUCCAUAAAUCCACGUGGCAUGACGCUAUUCCUAGAGGAAGAUCCGAAAUGGAUCAGGGCCAUACUCAUGCACCUCCCAUUCCUCCGUGCCAACACCGUGAAUUAUCGGACAAAGUUGUACGAGGCAGAGAAAUUAAUCGAACACUACCAUAAGGAACCGGAUUGUUCCGCUAGGAAAUCGUUUUUACGAGGUAACAAAAAAUGUAAGUUAGCAUUGGAUAUGUUAUCAGAUGAAGUGUACGAUAAAGAAUGGGACAUAAUUAUGAUAGAUGGUCCUAAAGGGUAUUUUGAUAAAGCACCAGGAAGAAUGUCAGCUAUUUAUUCUGCUGCUGUUAUGGCAAGGAAUAGGAAAGGAUCUGGGGUUACACAUGUGAUUUUGCAUGAUGUGGAUCGUGAUGUAGAGAAAGUUUAUGCAGAGUUAUUUUUGUGUAGGAAAAAUUUGGUGAAAGGUGUUGGAAGGCUUUGGCAUUUUCAGAUUCCACCAGCUUCUAAUGGGAGCAGCGAUUUUUGUUAGAGUAUUUUUUUUCCUUUUGUUUUUUUGGCUGGGAAGAGUGCUUUAAUUUGCAUUUUAUUGAGUGUUGUAUAACUGAUUUUCCUUUUCAAAUUACCCCACUGUUUCUUCAAGUUUCAGUCUUUUGUGGCUUAUGUUUAAUUAGCAUAAUUGAAGCAUGUUUGGUCAAAAUUUUAAAAA